AUGUCACUACGGACAAACGACUUGGAUCCCCAGCAACGAUAUACUCUGCUUCCAGACGAAAAUAAAAAACAGUCAUGUAGCUAUCCAGUCAUGACGUUUAAAUUGAGCAGAUCCCUCUUGGAACGACUCCAGCAAGGGGAUUCUCCCUCUGUAGAAAUCGACAUGACGAACCCAGCCCAUUUAACUCUAUAUAUAGAUGGUGAGUCUAUGGAUCUUCAAAGUCACCAGGAAAAUCAGAUUGUAGAUUGCUAUAAACGAUCUCGAGUUGGCACAUCUGAAGAAUUGCUGUAUGUGGGUUCAGUAAAAAAAAAAUUGUUUCCAAAACCAGGCGGAAGUGGAGUCAACGAACGAAUCAAGCAUGUGACACAAUCUGAAAUUAAUGCCAAAGUUAGAAACAGUGUUGUUGUGUUAGAUACAGUUCCACCUAAAGCAAUCAAAUCGUCCCCCAAAUUUUCACAAAACAAGACUAUCCGCACAAACCGGCCUCGAAAUCUUGCAUCCUACAAAGAAGACCCAGGACUUGAACGGAAACUCCUACACUUUCUUGCUCCAUGCCCCCAGUCUCUUGAAAUGAUGGUCAAGCGAUUCAAGGUUCCGCAGCCCAUGAUUGUUGGUGUUUUACAAAAAAUUGCCAAACAACAACAAGCGGCUACUCACAUGUAUCAACUUACAAAUGAAGCAUACCGGAAUCUUUCACCUCAUGACUGGACACACUAUACCCCUGGAGAACGAGAAAAAGCUUUAAGAAAUGCACAGAUUGCAUUAGACGCUCUUGGCUAUCAAAAAGAUUCGGCAGAAUGGAAGGCUGUAAUGGAGGUUCGUCCCAAAACUACUUUACCUCCAGUACUAAUCCAAAAAGCGAUUACUGCUGCGAGAACAUCUCCCGACGACAUCUCUCUCAAUUCUGCACCAGUUCGAACCCAACCGCCUACGACAUAUGAUAAUGUUGAACUUGUCCACAUUCAAUAUCAUAGUGAUGGAGAAGCAGAGCAGUCUCCUAUUAUAGCCACUUCUGCUACUCCUUUAACUUCAGUUUCUAUGCUGUCAGAUGCCGAACCUGGCAGUGCUUCUGUAGAUCCCAAAACACACAAGCCUUUUCAAUCUAAAUUAAUUAAUCCUAGCAAAAAGUUUCCUGUCAAAAAGUUGAAACUGAAAGCUGGAAGUCGAAACAGUCCUCCGUUGCAUAUUGCAAAUCACUCUCUCAGCGCAAUGGACGCCAAACCCCUUCCACAGCGAUACAGCGAUUUGAAAUUUGAUCGAUCUCCCAAAGUUUCUUUGCGAUCAGCACCCGAGUCAUAUACAUCAACCGAUUCUAAACCUCCACCACCAGCAACUGAUAUUCCUUAUGACAACUCGUGGGAUAUGAGUAUGGGCAGCGACAAUUUUAGUAUUCCAGCUACGCCAGCAGAAUUUUCCCACGAGCUAAAUGAACGACACGAAGCAUCAUUACAACUGGACAUGCGUCACUUAUCAGACGAUGACACACUGCCACCACCUGAUUUUGAAGUAGGACAGAUCAACGAAGAACUUCCUAUCAAGAUUGAAGAUCUAUAUAAUCGUCAAUUGGAGCUGUAUGAUAAAAUCAAUGAGCAUUGUGCACUAACACAAAGGCUAGAUCAAAUCACACUUCAUUUUACCGACACGAACAAACUCGAGGCAACAAUUCAUAGCGUGUUUGAAGAGUUUGGCAUUGCAUAUGUCGAAAGCGAUGUGUUUUCUAAAAAGUGCGAUGAUUUGUUAAAUGAGUACGAACAGACUCAGAAUGAGCUCGAGCUGUUUAUGCAUGGCUCAGCUGAACCGUCUCCGUAA